AUGGAUUACGAUGCAGAUGGCGGCGCAAUCAACGUGCGCUUCUUGCAGGCCGACAACCAGCGCGCCCAGUUCAUCGUCCAGAACUUCAACCUCGAGACGGCCAACUCGUUACGGCGGGUGAUGCUCGCCGAGAUCCCCACGCUCGCCAUCGACGUCGUAGAAGUGCUCGACAACACUUCGGUGCUCGCCGACGAGUUUGUGUGCCACCGUCUCGGUCUUGUCCCCCUGUCAUCGAGGGGCGUCGACGACCUACUCUACUCGCGCGACUGCGACUGCGAGGGCUACUGCGACAAUUGCUCCGUCGUCCUGACGCUGAAUGCAAAAUGCACGGGCAGCGAGAUCAUGAAGGUGUAUGCGCGGGAUCUGGUCAUCGAGAGCAACAGGCCCAACGACGAGGUAGGGCGGCCCGUCAUUGUGGAUCCCGAGGGCACGGGCAGCUGCAUUGUGAAGCUGCGGAGAGGGCAGGCCAUCCACAUGCGCUGCAUCGCAAAGAAGGGUAUCGCCAAGGAGCACGCAAAGUGGGCGCCUUCUGCGGCGAUAGGCUUCGAGUACGACCCGGCGAACAAGCUACACCAUCUGGACUACUGGCACGAAGAGGACGCUGACGCGGAGUGGCCCAAAGAUCAAGACCGUAUCAACCUCGACGGCGGCCCAGCCAACCCGGACGAACCCUUCAACUACAACGCUGUCCCAACCCGCUUCUUCUACGACGUCGAGACAGUAGGCGGCCUAGACCCCGAUCAGAUUGUCACAAAGGGCAUUUCGACACUACAGACCAAGCUGGCCGAGGUCAUUCGAGAGCUUUCUGGAGGCGUAGGACCAGACGGCGCAGGCUUCGAGGGCGCGCAAAGUCCCACGCUCAACGGCGGCUAUGGUGGUGGGCCAGAAGCUGGGUACACAACGCCUGGCUAUGGCGGCGCCAGUCAGUGGGGAGGCGCAGGUGGUGCACAGGGCGGGACGACACCAUACGGUGCGACGCCCUACGGAGGAGGGACAGGCUGGUAG